AUGCCAACGCCUCCUCCUGAUUGGGUGAAGGCCCUGAAGCCGUCAGGUCCGCAAGGAUCUGAGCUCCUCCAGCAAGAGCGUGCUCAAUCAAACGUCGAUGUCGAAAGAUUAUCCGAGUUACUGCACACAAAGAAAACAUUGGAGCGACAAGCAUCCCUCGUAGCUCUUUUGGAGUCCGAAAAAGUAUUUGAUAAAUCUCAAAAUCACAGUUUGGGCCGUGUAGAGCGGCUCCAGCGGUCGUUGGGCAAGGCCAAGCGCCUCCAACAGCUGGCGGAAGAGCACAAAUGGUCAAUGGAAGAACUCCAUGCGGCCAAUAAUUUAAUUGGUGAACCUACUCCGUAUGGAUUGCACGCCAGCAUGUUUUUGGUAACUCUCCGAGAACAAGGCACUCCCGAGCAGCACAAACUGUUCCUUGAACGCGCCGAAAAAUAUGAGAUCAUCGGUUGCUAUGCUCAAACGGAACUGGGCCACGGAUCGAACGUGCGAGGUUUGGAAACCACCGCCACCUGGAACUCCAACGAUAAGACUUUCACCAUCAACUCCCCAACAUUGACUGCCUCAAAGUGGUGGAUUGGAUCUCUUGGCCGCACUGCCAAUCAUGCUGUGGUUAUGGCCCAGCUCUUUAUUGGUGGCAAGAACUACGGUCCCCACCCAUUUGUUGUGCAGAUCCGUGACCUCGAAACCCAUCAGCCAUUGGAUAAUGUAUAUGUGGGCGACAUUGGCCCCAAAUUUGGAUAUAAUACCAUGGAUAACGGUUUCCUGCUGUUCAACAACGUCAAGGUACCGCAUGUCAGCAUGCUGGCCCGCUUCUGUCAGGUCGACAAGGAGACGAACUCCUACGCUAAGCCCGCUAUGCCAUCUCUGGUCUUUGGUACAAUGACCUGGGUGCGGGCCAACAUUGUUCUAGAUGCUGGCGGUGUUCUGGCCCGCGGUGUCACUAUUGCCACCCGGUACUGUGCGGUUCGGAGGCAGUUCCAGGAUCGUGAUGCGGAUCCACACGCGGGUGAAACCCAAGUCCUGAACUAUAAAAUGGUGCAGGUGCGCUUGCUGCCACUGCUAGCAUCAAUGUAUGCUCUGCAUUUCACCGGCCGUGGUAUGAUGCGCCUGUAUGAGGAGAACCAAAGCCGCAUGAAGGCAGCCAGCUCGCCCGACCAGGAGUCACGGGGUGCUGGGCCUGAGCAGCUCCGCGCUGGUGCGAACCUUCUUGCGGAUCUACAUGCUACUUCCUGUGGGCUCAAGGCUCUGGCCAGUACCACUGCUGGCGAGGGAUUGGAGGUCUGCCGCCGCGCAUGUGGUGGUCAUGGAUACAGCAGCUACAGCGGCAUUGGACCGACCUACGCGGACUACCUCCCCACACUGACCUGGGAAGGUGAUAACUACAUGUUGACCCAACAGGUCGCACGUUAUCUCCUUAAAUCUGCCCGCGCUGUUCUGGCUGGCAAGCCGGCUCGCAACGACACGAGCCAGAUCCUUCAGACCUACCUCGAUCGACGCGACAAAGGAGCUUCAUUCGAUGUGCUCGAUGAGGACAAGGACAUCGUGGCUGCCUUUGCAUGGCGCACAGCUCAUUUGACUUUUGAGGCUCUGAAGCAUCGGGAUGCUGAGCAGCGCUCCUGGAACAGUCUUCUGGUUGACUUCUGGCGCUUGUCUACAGCUCAUUCUCAGUACUUGAUGGUGAAGAACUUCUACGAGGCGGUUUCCUCUCCCGAACUCUCAGCGGCCUUGGAUCCGGAGACGAAGGGCCUCAUGCACCAGCUAUUCCGACUCUUCUCACUGCACACUCUAGAGCGAGAAGCAGCUGAGUUCUUCUCUUCCGGUGCCGUGACGGUGCGACAGAUCACCCUGACACGCACUACUGCAGUACUGAAACUGCUCGAUGAGAUCCGCCCGCAUGCUGUCCGAUUGGUCGAUGCCUGGGCAAUUCCGGACUGGCAGCUAGACAGCAGCCUUGGUCGCUAUGACGGCAAGGUGUACGAGGAUCUGUUCCGCCGGGCAAGCGAGGAAAACCCUGUUAACGACUUGGUGUUUGACCCUUACCCGUGGAACUCAGCAUUGCUCAAGAACGAGCCGGCCAGAAGCAAGCUGUAA